AUGGCAACGCGCUCGCCGCCCCGCGCCAGCGCGCGCCUGCACGGCCGCGCGCCGCCGCCCCACGCCUGCAUGGCCGCGUGCCCGCCGCCCCGCGACCGCACGGUCGCUCCCCGCGCUCUGCCGCCAUGUGUCUGCCCAGCCGCGCGCCGCUCCGCCCCGCGCCUGCCCGGCCGUCGCCCCGCACAUGCCCGCCCGCCCACGAGCUCGCCCUGCCCACAGCGAGCUCACCCUAUGCUGCCCCACGCCGCCAACGAGGUCGCCCCAUCCGUCAACGAGCUCACCCUAUGGCCGAUAGAACAUGGAUUACUAAAGGAGUGCGAAGGCUUUCCGAUGAACACCUCAAGGGAGUGGAAGAGUUCAUGCUACAUGUUCGCACAGAAACAACUACCUCAAGGAAGAGUUGAAGAUCAUUUGCUCCUUAAUGGGAUGGCCAGCACAUAUGAUAGAUGGAUCCAUCAUGGAGAACCUUUACAUGUUGUACCUGAACAUGCUGAGCCUGAACAUGCUGAACCUGAACAUGCUGAACCUGAUGCACAAGGACACCAUGGUGAUGAUGCUAGCUUUGAUUUUAUCGAAGAUGUUCUGCAAGAUGGUAUGGAGAAAGAGGAUGGGUUUGAAGAUGAUAGAAUUCCUGACCUGUUGAGGGAUCUGUACAUGUCUGAAGACCUUGAGGAUGGACAGAGGUCAUUGUUUGCCGAUGUGAUAGAAGAGGCGAAGCGAGCAGCUGUUGAAGGGGGUAAAUUUUCAAGAUUUACCUUCACUGUGAAGUUGCUCCACGUCAAGUGGAUAGAUGCAGAUGGGAAGAAGCGGAUACCGGCGAAGGUUUUGAGGCACUUUCCAUUGACUCCAAGGUUGAAAAGGAUGUUCAUUUCAGAGAAAGGAUCGGAGGAGGUGCAGUGGCACAAGAUCAAGCGCCAACCUGUGGAUAAUGAGCUCAGCCAUCCAGCUGAUGGAGAUGCAUGGAAGGACUUCGACGAUACAUAUAAAGACUUUGCCGCUGAUGCAAGGAACAUAAGGCUUGGGAUUGCCACGGAUGGUUUUAACCCAUUUGGAAACAUGAGUAACUCCUACAGUAUGUGGCCAGUUUUUGUGGUGCCCUACAACCUUCCUCCGUGGGCAUGUAUGGACCAGUCAAACUUUAUGAUGACGUUGCUGAUUCCAGGUCCAGAGUCUCCAGGAAAAGACUUUGACGUCUUUAUGGAGCCCCUCGUAGAAGAACUGCAGCAGCUCUGGAUGGGUGUACGUACCUAUGAUGCCCUGAGCCGCGAUAAAUUUGAUCUCCAUGCUGCAAUCAUAUGGUGUAUUCAUGAUUUCCCGGCACUGCACACUUUGUGCGGGAGGAUCACAGCAGGAUAUCAGGCGUGUGUGCGGUGCGACAAAGAGCCUUGCUCGAAAAGAAUAAGGAACAAGAUUUGCUUCAUCGGCCAUCGCCGCUUUCUUCAUCGAACCCAUCGGUGGCGAAAAAGCAAAGAAUUCAAUGGAGAGGCUGAAACCCGCGAGAAGCCGUCGGAAUUCACUAAAGAGGAGCUGCAACAGCAACUUGACAAGGUCAAGGAUGUGAGACCUGGAAAGCUUCAAAAGAAAAGAAAGAGGGAGGAAGGACAAUGCUUUAGCCGGAGGUCGUGUUUGUGGGACUUGCCAUACUGGUCAGAGCUGAAGUUGAGGAAUAAUCUCGAUGUAAUGCACAUCGAGAAAAACAUAUGCGACAACCUGCUUGGGACAUUUCUGAACAUAGAAGGGAAGACAAAGGACACACUUAAUUCAAGGCUAGAUUUGGAAGACCUGGGCAUAAGAAAAGAGUUGCAUCUACGGCCUGUUGAAGAUGGAUCAGAAUCAUUUGAAAUGCCCGAAGCAUGGUAUACGAUGAGUAAACAAGAGAAGCUUGCAUUCUGUGAAUUUAUAAGGGCUGUGAGGUUUCCAGAUGGGUACUUCGACGAUAUGGAAACGAGAUUUAACCGGCCGGGCAGAAAUAUAGAGCGGGAUGAUUCUCAUGUUGGUGAUGUCUCGGUGUUCAAGCACGGUGUGAAUUUCAUUGGACCGUCAGAAUACUUGGAGACUGGUGCUGAAUAUGACAAGAUGGUUUGGCUGUGCAAGGAAGAGUUGCAGCGGCAAGGUGGUAAUAUAAAUGUUGAUAAAUGGCUUGCGAAUGGAUUUGCUAAAUGGUUUCAGGCUCAUAUUGGAAAUUUGGAAGAUAUCAGUGCUGAUCUGUAUGCUUUGGCGUGCCAACCGGACAAGAGAGUGAGGGUGUAUUCAGCAUGUAUUGUUGAUGGCAUCCGGUACCACACUGUUGACAGGGAGAAAAAUAGGAAGACGCAAAACAGUGGGAUUGUUUCCGAGGGAAAACAUGACAAUGAGUACAUUGAUUUCUACGGUCAGCUCAAAGGCAUCAUCAAGUUGCAGUACAACUCCAGUGAAGGCGUCCACCGUUCGGUGGUCUUAUUUCGGUGUGACUGGUUUGAUCUAGGUGGCAAGAAGAAGACCGGAGUGCGGGAUGAUGGGCACUUCAAAAGCAUUAACACAGGCAGAUGCUGGUACAAGAAUGAUCCAUUUAUUUUGACAACACAAGCAACGAAAGUGUUUUAUGUGCCAGACACAGCUUUGCGUGGAAAAUGGCAAGUUGUGCAAAAAUUUCAGCAUCGACAUCUCUGGAGUGUGGCUGAAAAUGAACUUGAAAAGGGAGUCGGUGGUACUGGACUUAGCUACCAAGAUGACAACUCAACGGAAGUUCCGCUGCAAACUAAAGAAUCACAUGUGCAAAGCAUAUUGCGAAGGGACCGGGAAUGUGUAUUAGUUGAUGCUGUAGUUGUACAAAAAAUUAAGAAGAGGAGGAAGGAGGUAGUGGUUGAGCAGGACGUCGAGGAUGAGGAACAAAAUCAGCCCGACCAGACAAUGUACCAGUACUGCGAGGAUGAUGAAGGUAACAAGACUGGGCAUCGGGUUCCUGUUUUUGGUAUCGACGAUGAUGAGUAA